CCACUGCGCAGCGGGCACACGGCCUUCCCGCUUGGGCGCUUCCUUUACUCUGUUAGAAUUGGUUCUCUCCUGAAGCCCUCUACGGUUUAUUGGAAAGGAGCAAAUAAUACAAUGGCGGAUCUGGAGGAUCCGCUAGAAGGAUACAGGGGAUUGUCUCUCUUCCCUCGAACAUUCGCGUCUCUUCCUAAUCCUCCUCAGCCCCUCGACCCCGACGAUCCUCAUUCCAUUCACAAUUUCCUCAAAUCGCUGCCUGUACGAAAUCCUGGUAAGCUUAUAGAGCAGGCAAAAACUAUUUUAGAUAAUACUAUGGAAGUUCCAAAUGCAAAAAUGACCAGUGAUACAGCAUUGGAAGACAAAAAUGAUGUUGUUGCUGAAAAGGCUGUGAAAUAUCCCCGGGGACAAAGGCCAGGGUUAGGUCGUAAGCGUCCUCGAUUUUCUUUGCUUCCUAAUAUAAGUCAACCUACUGUGAAUUUGGAACCAACUUUGGACUUUGAUAAACUGAAAGACCCAGAGGAAUUCUUCUUGGCAUACGAAAGGCUUGAAAAUGCUAAAAAAGAAAUAGCCAAACAGACAGGCCACUCUUUUACAGAUUCUGAUCAGUACAAUGUAUUCAUGGUCCCGCAGUCUCAACGACCGGGAAUUCCAGGGAGAUCUAGGACAGCAAAAUACAAACAUCUCUAUCCAACCGUGCCCUCCCAAGAAAACUCUGAAGAAGAUAUUUUCUCGAAUUAUGGUCCACAACAAGAAAAAGCAAAUCCAGACAUUGCAUACCAUCUAACAGAACCAGAAAAUGCAGCAUCACAACAAUUGGAACCAACAAAUGAUGCAUCACAACAAACAGAACCUGCAAGUGUUGCAUUGGAAGAAAUGGAACUAGCUGGUUCAAUAGUCAAGACUGAGAAAAGGGUAAAUAAACUUCUGGAUGAAUUGCUUGCUCAUGAUUAUGAAGAGUUAGAAGGGGAUGGCGCAAUGAAUCUGUUGCAGGACCGCUUGCAGAUUAAACCUUUUCACAUAGAGAAGUUAAACCUUCCUGAGCUGCAGGAUAUUCAAAGGAUUGAUUUUAAGGCAUCUGGAGUAAACCUGUCAAAGCAUAGGAAUGUAUUAUCAGACAUAAACAACUUGUUGAAAGGAACAAGAAAUAUUACUCCAGUGAAGCCGCAAAAUGUAGAAAGUUUGGUUCCUAGUUUUGGUUCACCCACUCCACCAAAAAGUCCACUGGCUUUUUUAUCAUUAUUGAAUAGACGUAUAUUUCAGUCAAAUCCAUCAAGCGAUCCAUUUUCAACUGUUGAUAUUGAGCACCCAUCAGAAAGAAAUGCUUCUCCUGUUGAAAACAUCAAUAAACAUUCUGAUCUAGUUGAUGUGGAAAAGACUUUGCUCUUUACUGGUGAGUUGAACUCCAAUGAAGAUGGUCCAAUUGUUGAUAGGAGUUCAACUGUGGCAACUGGAGACUUUUCCAGUUUUUUUGAGAAACGUUUGAAUGAAAAUUCUCCUAGACUUACCUCUGGCCAUGAGAUAGGCCCUGUGGAAUCUGGUUUUGAGUUUGAGGAUAAUAAUGCUUGUAUGGAUGACGAAGUCAUAAAUGAGAACUUAAGUCAAGCUGAUGCUGUUUUAGAUCUUCAGGCAAAUGGAGCCAAUGAAGUGGAAGACAUAGUGAGUAAUGAAGUGAAGGACAUAGUGGAAGAUGUGAUGCAGGAAGCUGUGGCUUCUGGACAGCUUGAUCAAAAAACAGAUGACUUUCCUGUGGAAACAUCAAACAGCACUCAGGAUAAUUUUGUAGGUGAAUCAAAUCUUGCAAUGGGCAACAAACAUGUAGAAGAUGGAUGUGUUGACGUUCAAGAUGGUGCUACAGAACAAAUCCAAGAGGCUAUUCCAGAACAGCAUAAUAAGCAGAAAUUUCAAAAAUCUUUUGUGGUAUUAAUGCAGAAGCAGAGCAAAGCAAAACUAGGUCCACGCAAACGACAACAUAAUAAAGCUCACUCCAGAAGGCAAGGUCUUGCAGACCGAGCAGUUGAAGGGUCCACUGAAUGUGAGGGCAGCACUGCAGAUCAAGUCCAAGAUGCUGCUCAUGAACAAACCCAAGCUACUUCUCCAGUGCAGCGCAAUAAGCAGAAGGAAAUCAAAGCAAAACCACAAACAAGCAAAGAACACAAGAGUAAAAUUCUGUCUAAGAGGCAAAGCCUUGCAGGUUGUGGGAUGUCAUGGGAAACUGGAGUAAGAAGAAGCACCAGGAUCAGGUCAAGACCUUUGGAGUAUUGGAAAGGGGAAAGAUUUUUAUAUGGGCGCAUUCAUACGAGUUUGGCAACUAUAAUUGGGAUAAAAUACGAGUCUCCACAAAAAGAUAAUGGAAAACCCACUAUGAAGGUGAAAUCUUUUGUCUCUGAUGAUUACAAGGAUUUGGUUGAACAAGCUGCUCUGUAUUGAGAUGAGUAAUAUUGUUGUGUUUAUGGACUGAGUGGACUACGUGAAUGUGCAACAACCGAUUGUCCUUUCCAUGAAGUUGUAGCUACAUUUCCCAGCAGUAAUUUGCAUGCUCAGCUAUCUGAAUCUGUUGUAACUCCCUCACUCGACUGGAUGUUCAUGAUGUGGGUGUUCGAAGAUCGUUUCUUUCACACAUCUUGUGCGUUUGGUGUACUAACAAAAUGUUUCGUUUCAUAGACCCAUCCUAAAGCAGCAAAGUUGAACAAGAUUUGUGACAUCUAAUCUGAUAAUAUGUAAAGUUGGUACUCUAUCCGGGUGUGUUUCUACUUUUGCAUGUGAAAUAAUUGUGAGUUAAAUAUAUUUGCUAUUGUUAUUUUGGUCA